UCUCACGUGAAGCUGCUCUCUUUCUCUCUCUCUCUAAAAAUGUUUCUCUCUCCUCGGGAAUAGAACACAAACAAAGCAUUGAAUUUGCGGCCAUUCCGAUUGUUCUAGUUUUUGGUGGAAUCGCUUCUCUCCGGAGCUAUCAUCGUCCUCUUCAAUAAUCAUAAUAAAAAAGGCAGGGAUAAAAAAACAACGAUUUGUAAGUUCAAAUUUUUAUGCUUCGUCUGUUUCUUCCUACCUUGUUAUAAGAUGGGUGUAAUCGAAGAAAUUGGCGCUGAUGUUUGUUCAGAUAUAGAGGUUGAUGAUAUCAGAUGUCAAAAUAUAGCAGAAAAAGAUGUCAGUGAUGAAGAGAUUGAGGCAGAAGAACUGGAGAAGCGGAUGUGGAAGGAUAGUAUCAAACUCAAAAGGAUCAAGGAAAGACAGAAACGUCCAGCACAGCAAGCCGCAGAGAAGCAAAAGCCCAGGCCAACAACUGACCAAGCUCGUCGAAAGAAAAUGUCCAGAGCACAAGAUGGGAUUCUUAAGUAUAUGCUGAAGCUGAUGGAAGUCUGCAAAGCUCGUGGAUUUGUGUACGGUAUAAUUCCUGAGAAGGGCAAGCCAGUUAGUGGUUCUUCUGAUAACCUUAGAGCUUGGUGGAAAGAGAAGGUGAGGUUUGAUAAGAAUGGCCCUGCUGCCAUAGCUAAGUAUGAAGCAGAAUGUCUUGCAGUUAGUGAGGCUGAAAAUAACCAAAAUGGGAAUUCUCAGAGCAUUCUCCAAGAUCUGCAAGAUGCAACACUUGGGUCACUCUUAUCUGCCUUGAUGCAACAUUGUGAUCCUCCUCAGAGGAAGUAUCCAUUGGAAAAGGGUAAUCCCCCACCUUGGUGGCCAACCGGGACUGAAGAUUGGUGGGUACAAUUGAAUUUACCUUACGGUCAGACUCCUCCUUAUAAGAAGCCACAUGAUUUGAAGAAGAUUUGGAAAGUUGGAGUGCUAACUGCUGUUAUAAAGCACUUGUCACCUGAUAUUGCAAAAAUAAGGAGGCAUGUCCGUCAGUCAAAGUGCUUGCAAGACAAGAUGACAGCAAAGGAGAGUGGUAUUUGGUUGGCAGUAUUAAGUAGAGAAGAGGCUCUCAUUAGGCAACCUAGUAGUGAUAACGGUACCUCUGGAGUAACUGAAACGCUGCGUGGUGUUCCUAUUGAAAAUAAGCAAGCUAGUGCUAGUAGAGAUAGUGAUUAUGAUGUUGAUGGUGCUGAUGACGGUGUUGGUUCUGUUUCUUCUAAAGAAGAUAGGAGAAAUCAAUUGAUGGAUACUGAAGCAUCAGAUAAUUUGCACAAUGACUCAGUCCAAGAUCAAGCUGAGAAGCAACGCAGGAAAAAAAGGCUCCGUCCAAGGUCAAGUGCCACUGACAAACUACCUACUCCAUCUCACCAUAAAACUUUACAUGAUGGAACAAGAAGCACUUUGCUCGACACGAAUCAGAUGGAAGAACAAGUAGUUGGGAUCCAGACUCAUGCAAAUGAACAGGGCAAUGUGAUAGAUUCUACUUUGAGACUUGUAGAAAAAGAACUUGAGGUGCCAGCUCAAUUGCCAGUACCCGAAUCCAAUAAGUACUCCUUACGUUCAAAAAACCUAAAUUCCUUAGAAGCCACGCAUAUUAAUGGGGGGCCACUGCACUGUCUAGAGGUGGAAAACCCUGCUAUGCAUAAUGAAAUUUAUAAUCUUUGUAAUUCAGUGGCAGAAUAUGGACCUAGUCAUGAUGGACACAGUGAACCAAUUAGGCUAGACAAUGAUUCAGUGCAUAUAAAAGCAGGUGAAAUUCAAGGAGGAGACGUGCAAUAUUAUGGAAAAGACACAUUUCAAAAUGAGCUAGAUAGACCUAUAGAUCACACUUUCUUUGGAUCACCAUUGAGUAGUGGCAUGUCAUUAGAUUUUGGAGGACUCAGCAGUCCUCCAUUCCAUUUAGAAGAUUUCUUGUGCGAUGACGAAAUUAUCCAGUACUUUGGGGCAUAGAUUAUUCAAACUCACUCAUAGCUAAGAGUGAACUACAAAUAUUCCAGCACCUCAACUUCAACUUCAGCUUGGUGAAGGUUCCAAGUUUUGUGUUGUAUUUAUGGGGUUUGAAGUUAAAAAAAUAUAAUUUGAACAUUAACAAGUCAUCAAUCUUCAGAGCAUAUGACAGAAGCAUGAAUUUCGUUCUAUAGGUUACCCCACUUCCCAUAUCAAUUACAUAUGAUUGGGGUUUCAUGUAAAAAAAUUUCAUUUAUUGGAUUGGCUAAACUAAACUUCUAUGAUUAUUCAGGUAAAUUUCUUUGGAAGAGGAUUACCUCCAAUUUUAAUAAGAAUCUAUGUACUGUAAGUUUGUAUUGAAAAUAACAAAACAUUAAUAAUCUUAAAUAAUACAAUUUUUUAUUAAAAAUGUAUAUUUCUUAACAUGUAUCUAUAAGCUCACAUUAGAAAAAUUGAUCUACUUUUGACAAUUUAGAUAAGGCUGAGAUUAAUAUCAUUAAGGUGCCGUCUCAUCUGCAUUUAAUAAUUAAAACCUUAAAAGCUACUAGUGAUAUUAAUAUAACGAUUUUUAUAACAUGUCGAAUAUUAUAUAAGAUAAUAAGUUAUAUAUAAUAAUUUAAAAAAUCCAGAAAUUAAUAUAAUUCACUACAUUAAUAUUAUUAAAUGCUAUAUUUUUUAAUGAAAAAAUAUUAUAAAUAAUUUAUUAUUCUAUGCAAUAUUAUAAAGUUUGAAAAAUCGAUAAAUACUUAAAUUUUUGCUGACAAAUCUUCACUGAGAAUGUAGUUGCCCGUGUCUAUGACUAAUUGAGGAAGACCAUAGAAUUUGUUGUGAUUUUCUUGUCUUCUAAAUUGUAAUAUAGGAAACAUAGGCAGCUGAAUUGGAAGUGUAUUUUAAUCUUUUAAAUGAUUCAGUGCUUUGCAUAAGUUGGUCUCUCCACAAUAAGAAUUUAAAUUAUGGUGAGAUUGUGCCAAUGACGACAUUAUCAAAUCGAACGAGGGAGUCAUGGUGCACUGUCACUUUGGUGUGAUGCCUAACUACGAAAUAAUGAAAUUCAUAUUAAAAUGUGCAAAUGGCAUUAUUAUGAUGCCUUCUUUUCCUUCCUACAUUUUACUAUUUAAGAUUAUUGUUCAUGGCAUCUAAUCCACACACGACGCUUGAAUUAUGUAAUGAAACUCUGAAUUAUCCUCCAUCCAUAUU